AUGGGUAAUUGCCGAAAUCUUUAUGUAUUUUUUUUCCGAAGCACAAUUUUUAGGUAUGUGGUUCCACUUCCAAAAUUAGCAGACGACCAUAUUAGAAUCAUCUACAUCAAAUUGAAUCCGGAGUAUCCAGAUCCAAAAUAUUUUGUUCACGAACAUCUACAAGUCCAGUUUAUACAUUUAUUGACAUUGAUUGCCGAAAAUGACUUGUCUUAUCGUAUUCAUUACAUUUGUGAUUGCGAUGGCUUGAAAUUGGAACAUGGUGUCAAGACAAAUCUUAUGGUUUUAAAGAAGUAUCAGAUUGUUUUGGAAAAAGUGUUUUCCAAUCGAGUAGCUUCGCUGUACAUGGUAAACUUUUCGGCGUUUUUGGACAACUUUUUUAACACAGUAGUCAAACCACUUUUUCAUAAAAAAAUAAGAGAACGACUCCAAACACAUUCUGGCACUGAGAUUCUAUUUAAAGUAUUCGGCAAGGAGCGAAUGCCUAGAGAUAUAGGAGGUGAAGAGAAGUCCUUAGAGGAACUAAAUUAUAUGUUGCAUCAACAAUAUGAACUUCACAAAGAUCGAUUUCUUGAACUGGAAAAACUAACCGUAGAUGAAUCUUUGAGACCAGCCAAACUGCAAAAUGACGAAAUUCUUGGUUAUUAUGGAAAUUUUAGGAAAAUUGAUGUUGAUUGA